AUGGCUUUGACACAGCUCCGUGGGGAUAUUGGCGCAGCCAGUGGGGAUAAUGUUGACAUCGAGUGGAUUCAUCAGUUGUUGGCCUCAUCGUUGAUCCUCAGCUUCUUCAACUUCUCCCAAUGCGAUGGUUAUUCGAUACGUCAUAUCCGUGGCAUGAUUAGCAUCGUUAGGAUGACGGAUCAGGCACUUCUCGCCUCUACGCCUCUGGGUCGCUUUCUCAUGGGUGUAUGUUCAUAUCACGACAUUUCAGCGUUUUGGAUUGGUAGAAAACAACCAUCACAGAGGGCUUGGACAUCUUGGAUGUCGCAUCGCACCCAUACAGAACUUGGCGGGGACUUGACUGCCUUGGAGAGCAUGAUGGGGUAUCCCGAAUCUCUUGUGAAUAUCAUCGCUGAUGUUGCCGAACUUGUUGAUGAUAACAUUUACUUGGAACUUGAGAACAGGGCUGAUUUGAACAAUGGCCAAUUCGUGUCAAGUUUCACACAAGCAUCACCGCUUGCUUAUGGCAACGCAAGCGAUGAACUUGAAGGUUCGUUAAAACGCUGGGCUGUGCCGUUGGUCCCUCAAGGUCUGUCACCUGUCGCUGGUAUGGUCCUGCGCAGUGCCUGGGAAACCUUUCGGUUGGCUGCCUAUUUGUAUCUAUGGAGAUGCUUUGGUUUCCAUGCAAACCAUUUGGAGCCUUUUAGAGCGGACCGCAGUACACUCGCCAGAGCACAUGUGACGGCAAUUAUCUCCAACUGCGAGGCUAUACUUCGCCUGGGCUCCAUCCCACGAGUCUCUAUUGGGAACGCAUUACUCUGGCCGCUGGCUGUGGCAGGGUGUGAAUGCGGUCCAGGGUCAGAUCAUGAUGGACAGACAAUUCUUGAUAUGCUUCAGAGUCUUGAGCGUCUUUACAGCAUGGAGCACCCGAAGUAUGUGAGGCAAGCUCUCCAGAAACUGUGGGCUGCUAAAGGGACCUGGCUGAAUUAUCAACAAACUUCCGCGGACUCCGCGAGACCACCUGCUAGCCUGAACCAAAUCGUCACCGAAAUGAAACUGGUGAUUCCGCUUCUCUGA